AAUACCUUUGUCCGCUGGCCAAAAAACUCAUUUUUUUAACCUGCUACUCGCGCUUGAACAAGAUUUUCGCUGCUUCUUCGAGUGGCUGUGUCUUCGUUCUCCUGUUGAUCUGCGCUCUGCACUAGAGAUUGAGUUUUUGCUUUGUGUUCAUUUAAGCUUGUAAAUGGGGGACAAGAAAAAGAAGGCUGCAUCAGUCUUUAUCAGGCUUGUUUCGGCUGCUGGGACUGGCUUCUUCUAUGUGAAGAAGAAGAAUCCCCGGAAGAUGUCAGAGAAAAUGGAGUUCCGAAAGUAUGACCCUCGGGUUAAUCGCCAUGUUCUGUUUACUGAGGCAAAGAUGAAGUGAGUGGUGCGAAUAUUUUUGCCUUCAUCUGGUUUUAAAUCAGAAUCUAUCAUGCCGAAAGAUGGCAGAAGUAGCUAUAGGGGAAGAGAUAUGAAAUGGACUUCACUUCUUGUAUGCUGGUCCAUUAUGACUUUUCUUUGAUUGUUGAAGUAUAACUUGCUUUUUUUUUUUACCAAAAAAAAAAAAAAGAAGUGUAAGUUGUUUUCUCAUCUCACUGGAGUUUGGACUUUGUUGAAUACCAAUUGGGAUUUGAAUAUGUUA